UUUUGUCUCCCUUGUGUGUAUUCUUUAUUCAGAACGGCUAGUUGUUUCUUUUCUCCUCCUGGAAAAUGUAGGCAGGAGCCCCACCUUUUGUGUGGCUGCUCAGUCACAAAACAUCUCAACCUAAUAGUUAAAUGUGCAGGUCCAUGUAACGAACCACAAGUCCACCAAUUGUUGAGAACUGUGGACUCGUUCCUCCCUCAGAAGCUCUAGUUGUGGAAAAGGAUGUGAUCGGUAUCUCCAUCUUGGGCUCUUUGUGAUUCUCUUCUGUCACCCCCAUCUGGCUAAAAAACUUUUCUGCUUCCUAGAGAGUAGAGGCAGGGAGAACCAACAGGAGGAAGUAGGACAGCUCUCACACAGUAGAUGCUAUCCUAAGCUGGCUUUGUGCUGCUGGCGCCUUUUCAUGGGAGAUUCCAAGGGUUCGCUGCAGACACAAAACACUGUCUGGCCAUUUGCAAUUUAGAUGUGCCCCAACUGCAGCCCUCUUCUCUGCUACUAAAGGCCAUUCUGGCCAGAUCCCUCACCCUUUAGAGCCUUCAAUCAUGACUCAGAUCUGUGGUGUCCCUACAAACUUCUGGGACACACAGUAAGCUCUAUGAGUAGUAUCCACAAAGCCUUUUCUCUCAACUUGGAAUUAGAAGACAGCUUCCCUGCUUCCCGAGCAGAGCUUUGUACCAAUAAAAUCGUUGAAGGCCUCUCUACAACUCCUUUAACUUUGGGUCAUCUGAUUAGAUCAAAGUUUAAGAGGUCCCUGACCCGUUCUUGGCUGUCAACUUUCUCAAGUCCUACUGAGUAACCCAUCUCUCGUAACUCAUUUUGAGUUCACUCUGGCACUCUGUCAUAGCGUCUAGACUAACACUUCCAUUAUAUUAUCCUAUUACAUAUGUUCUUAAGUAAAAAAAAAAAUAUAUUCAGGACACUUGGUGGGUUCUAUUAUCCAGGUUCAUAAAAAUAUUGAGGGCAACAAAAAGGAUACACAUACACUGGUUAUCUCUGGGUGGUGCAAUUACGAAUGCCUAUCUAUUUCCUUCUUAUAUUUUUUGUUGUUUGACUAGUUAUACAAACUGAAGUUUUAUCAAUUUUUAAUCAGAAAACGCAAUGCAUUUUUAUUUUUUAUUAAAUAUAAUUUAUUGUUGAAUUGGUUUCCGUACAAUGCCCAGUGCUCAUCCCAACAGGUGCCCUCCUCAAUGCCCAUCACCCACUUUGCCCUCUCCCCCACCCCCCAACAACCCUCAGUUUGUUCUCAGUACUUAAGAGCCUCUUAUAGUUUGCCUCCCUCCCUCUCUGUAACUUUUUUCCCCUUCCCCUUCCUUCCCCAUGGUCUUCUGUUAAGUUUCUCAGGAUCCACAUAUGAGUGAAAACAUAUAGUAUCUGUCUUUCUCUGCCUGACUUAUUUCACUUAGCAUAAUGCCCUCUAGUUCCAUCCAUGUUGCUACAAAUGGCCAAACUUCAUUCUUUCUCGCAAUGCACUUUUAAACGAAAAAAUUUUGCAAAGGAAGUGGCUGUAAUGUGAGAUGGGGAAGUAGCCUUGGGAAGCCAAUGGCUAGUUUGAUAUGUUGUUGGGUGACAGAGGGUGUAAAGGGACAGUAGGAGAAAGAAUAACCCAAUAUUCAUAAGCAUGUUCUCUCUCUUUCUGAUCCUACUCUCCUUAAUUCCUGUUGUACCUCUGGCAGCAUUGGGAGAAGACCAGAACUUAACCCAAACACGCAUAGAGACUACUACCAUGAAGCCCUGGAUUCUCCUACUCAACGUGAUCAUCUAUGGGGUUGUGAUGCCUCUGCCUGUGCUGGGAGGCCUCAGGAACAAGACAUUUUUUUCAGUUGGAAGAACAGUGGUCGAGCAGUGCUGGAUACAGCCUCUGUUACAGUACUGUGAGAAAAGGUGCACUAGACUACAGGAGUGUUUAUCUCCCAAUCAUACAUGCUGCUGGACCUUCUGUGGAAACAUCUGCUUGGACAAUGAGUGAGUUGUUUGGAGUGGCAAGGUCGGGCCUAGAUAUGCUUCCUCACUACUGGUCACCCUCAUUCAGAAGGUGGGACCUGGAACGGAAGUCACCCAAAUCCCGGACAAAGAAACAGGCAGCAUAAGUCAAUGCCCUACUAUCUCUGUACCUAGGCUGACAUUCAGGGCAAAAUAAAUCAAGACACAAACAUGGGGGGCUCCACUUUUCUCCCUUCUCAUUCAGUUCCCCCAAAAGGUCACCCAUCAGUUAUUCAUCCCUCCUUUGUCCAAGGCCCCGAUUAUGGACUCCUUAGUCUGGCCUCUGUGUGGGCCCCUUGUCUCAGGCAGGCCCACGAGGCCCAGUCUCCACCUGUGUGAUGAAUUGGCAAACUUCUUGGGAGAAAUUGCUUAAAAAUGGGUAACCCCUGAAUUACAGAACAAAUUCCUUUUCCCAUUAACCGGGGCCAGGGGUGUUGUUAAGUUUGGGAAUGGGUGUUCCCUGACUUUUAACCACCUGACUUUUCUCUUCCAGAGAACCCUUUAAAUCCAUGCUAAACCUCUAGGCUCUAGCUGCCCCACCACUGAUGUGGGCUAGAGGAUGCCUAUGUAGUCUAAGAAGAGUGCUGCCUGGCUACCUGUUGAGUUAUUCCCUUGCCCUGGCUGAGGACCAUUCUAUUCUCCCCUUGAUCUCUCUGUCCUGAGAAGUUUCAAGUCUCAGCCAAAUAAACUGACAACCAACCCGAGGGCUCUGCAGUGUGUUACACUCCAUUCCUGUGGUUCCAUUUGUCUCUUCACAGUGAUCAAACUGUUCUUCCCACCCCACUAUGGGUUAUAGACAACCCAGUUAGUCUGCCUUCCCAGUUAUUCAGUAGACUCAUGGCUGUAGCAACAAUGCAGAGAUUUAGAAAAAUGUCAGUAAACACAAUUAAAGCUUAUUCUCAUUCACAAUAGAUUUCACUGCGGGUGGUUGGCGAACACCCCCAUGCCAUGCAUGAUUCAAGCACCAUACAUCUUUCUAUCUAUAACUCCAUCAUCUCCCAGAGCCUCCUCUGCAUCCAGCCAACAGAUGGGAGAAGGUUGCGUGGAAGCUCCUGCAGAAGGUUUUUAAGAGCCAGGCCUAGAAGUGGAGCUCUGCUCCAUCCACAUGCUAUUUGCCAUAAUGUGGUCAUGUGGUCCCUUAUUUGCAAAGGAGACUGGGAAAUAUAGUCUCGCUGUAUGCCCAAGGAGAACAGAAAGCAGGAGUUGGUGAACACAGGGUGGUCUCUGACCUGUCUACUUAGGCAAAGCCAAACUCCUCAAGCAAGACCCAAGACCUUGGCCUCCACAUCACUGCAAAAUGGAACAAGCGCCCCCUGGAAAGCUGGUGGCUCCUCUCAUUAGAGUAGGUGGUCCUGCCCUCAAGGCGGGCACUCAGCUUCCAGAAUCGUCCCUCCUUCUGCCUCCUUAUAUCCUCUUAUUCCUGCCUGUUGUGUCUGCAUGGUAGAUUUACGUGGGUAAUAUGAGUCAUAUCCUGACAUGUCUGGUAAUGCCAGGCAGGCUUCCGGCCCAUAGUGUUCCCUUAGAUUAAAUUCGAAUAUAAUAUAUGUCAUAUUAUAUUCUGCCAUUAGUAUCUUGAAGACCAUUUUAAUGUUUAUUUAUUUCAGGGUUGUAGAGGGACAGAGAGAGAGAGAGAGAGAGACAAUUCCAAGCAGGCUCCCCAUUGCCAGCACAGAGCCCAAGGCAGGGCUCGAUCUCACGAACCACAAACUCAUGACCUGAGCCAAAUCAAGAGUCGGACGCUUAAAUGACUGAGCCAUCCAAGCUCCCCUUGAAGAUCGUUUAGAGAUAUAACUUCCCUUGGAUGAGGGGAUUAUAAAGUCCCUAGGAUGUAUUCAUAUCUGUGCCUCUUCCUGAUCCAGAGGACAGUAUAUAUUCAUUUAGAGGGGCUGAGUCAGCAGAUCACACUUAUCAGCAGUGGAGCCCAAGGAAAGGUUGCACGAUGUGAUACAGCAAAGACCGAGGCCAGCAAGGAUUAAGGCCUAACAGAACACUGGUUAGUGCCUUAGAGCUCAGAGUAAGGAAAAGGCACAAGGACUCAGCGGCUCAGGCAAACAUCCUUCAGGGGUGGGGCUUCGUCUUGACGUUCAGGGAUAAGGGUGACCUGGAGCUCGAUUGAGUGAAAGUGGUUAUUCCUUCAUGACAAAAGAAGUCAAGAAAAACAAGAGGUUAGGGACACCCAACAGAAGGAUGAGGGAAGGAAGAAGGUAUUGUCCUCUUGGGUAUCCAGGAUAGUAUAGGGAGAAAAAGUGCCUUUUCCUCUCCCCUUCUGGGUUCUUGUCUGAGACCCCCCCACAACCCCCCCUGCCACUGCAAUCAAAGACAGAUUAGCAGGAGAAAAACAAACUGAAGUUUCCCAACAUGUAUACCUCCAGUAUACCUGGGAGAGACCAGGAAAACUUAGGAACUCCCCCAAGUGGCCCAAGCCAUCUCCUCCAAUGACAUCUUCAGCUGAAGACAAAAGAUGUGGAAAGGAAAGGGAAGGCCCGUUAUGGGAAGUCACCAGGAAAGGCACAGUGGACAAAGGCAUGGUCGUUAUGCAGAUUUCUGCUGCAGGCUCCCUUGAUAAAGACUUUCUAGGGACUGAAAGUCAUCCUUCUCUUCCACAUCCAGAGAGGAGGACGGGCUUACAAAUGGAGACUUCCCUCGUGCGUGUAAAUGUCUCUUACGAAGGGGAGAAAAUUUUGCCAACUGAAAGAUCUGCCUCUAUGGCAUAUUCAUCAUUUUAAACUGGUUAUUUUUAAGAAACAGCAGACACAGGUGAAGCUCUGAAAACUGAAUAGAAGUUACCUUUUUGCAAGAGAUUGCCUAAUGCAAUCCUGAGUCGUGGAGAGGUGGAAGGGAGAGAAGAUGUGUUGCCCCAGGCGAGCAGUUGCUUACAUUUGGAGCUUUGGCUUUCAUCUCCUAUUUUCCUCCCUUUGACUACUGGAAGGAAUUUCAUUCAGUUCAUCUGGGGCAUUCCAAAAAGGAAAUCCUUUUAAGGGGGACAGUUAGCUCCUUGCCAACCAGAAUACCAGAACUGUAUACUUUUUGUCACCUUUUCCUCUUUCUACUUGGGACAGAAUGGGGGCACAUCGGGCGGUACAAGGGUAGAGCCCAAGAAUGCACCCGCAGCUGAAGCCACUCAUCCUAAGCAUCCUGGAAGUAGCUGCUUUUCCUCCGUGGAAACUCCGAAAGUCUUCAGCCUCUGCACCAGCAUGCUGUGCUCCAGGGCCAUACACAGCAGCACUGGGGACUUCUCUUCACCAGCACGGUGGCACUUCAGUUCCUCCAAGAUCAGAGCACCCAGUUCCUAGAUCCGACCCCUCCCUCUUUCUUACCGACCUCAUUUUGGUAACCUACAACUCACCAGGCUUCCUGAGAGAGCACGUGAGAAAUAAAAAAAAUAGAGACUUCUUAAGCCACCAUUCUCCAUUAAUAUGCACUUUGGC